UCGUGAGCUGGAGUCAGAACCGCGUCUCCCCACUCGGGCGCUGGUUGCUGAAGGAGAGGGAGCGAGCGAUGCUGCCGCCGCCGCUUCCUGAUUGGCCGCGAGUGGCUCCCUUUUCGUCCUGAUUGGCAGCUGUUGAGCUGGAUGAUGCUGAGCAAGGGCCUGAAGCGCAAGCGGGAGGAGGAGGAGGUGGAAGAGGAAAAGGAAGCCCUGGCAGUGGACACCUGGUGGCUGGAUCCUGGUCACCCAGCAGUGGCACAGGCACCCCCAGCCGUGGCCUCCAGUUCCCUCUUUGACCUUUCAGUGCUCAAACUCCACCACAGCCUGCGGCAGAGUGAGCCGGACCUACGGCACCUGGUGCUGGUAGUGAACACGCUGCGGCGCAUCCAGGCAUCCAUGGCACCCACAGCUGCCCUGCCACCUGUGCCCAGCCCGCCUGCAGCCCCUGGUGUGGCUGAUAGCCUGCUGGCCAGCUCAGAUGCCGCCCUCUCAGCCUCUAUGGCCAGUCUCCUGGAGGAUCUCAGCCAUAUCGAGGGCUUGAGCCAGGCCCCCCAGCCCCUGGCAGACGAGGGGCCCCCUGGUCGCUCCAUUGGGGGAGCCCCACCCAGCCUGGGUACCUUGGACUUGCUGGGCCCAGCCACCAGCUGCCUGCUAGACGAUGGGCUCGAGGGCCUGUUUGAGGACAUCGACACCUCCAUGUAUGACAGUGAACUUUGGGCACCAGACUCUGAGGGCCUCAAACCUGUCCCUGAAGAUGGGUCAGGCAAGGCGGAAGCUCCGGAGCUUGACGAGGCUGAGCUGGACUACCUCAUGGACGUGCUGGUGGGCACACAGGCACUGGAGCGGCCACCGGGGCCAGGGCGCUGACCCCAGGACUGGGAGGGUUGUCUGCUGACUAAACAGAGUUGGUGGCUAAACCAACUCUCCUUGGAAAAGACACAGCUGGCUCUCCUAGAACAGAGAUGGGGACUUCUGAGAGACAGAAUCAGUCGCCAGCAGCUUCACCUCCGCCCUCUUGUCUCAGGUUGAAGGGAGGAGUCUGGGGUGGGCCCUUGUGAUGGAAUGGCAGGGCCUGGUGGCUGGAUUGUGAUUGGACCAGGCCUAGUGCUGAACUGACUCCUCUGAGGUCAUAGCCUGGAUAUGGCUCUCCCUGAUUUGGAAAGGGACCCUAACCAGUUUUUGAAAUUAAAAACCAGUCCUAGGAAAUCUCAA